ACUUCCGGAAUAAACAAAUAAAAUGGAUAAAUUUGUAACGCGAAAACCUAGAGAAGCACAACUCAUCGAGAAAAGGGCACCAAGGAAAAACUAUAGACAGAGUACUAUAGAAUCUUUAAAGGGUGUUGUGGUAAUAGAGGAUAUUCAACGACUCCAAGCCAAGCUACGUCUGAGUAGCACAACUCAAGAUGAAAUGGUGGAAUGCUUAAGGGAACUUGGCAAGAAAAUACCACCCCGUAAUGUAAUGAAGGAUACCAAAAUAGGUAAAGAUGUGAACAAGCUGAGACAGCAUGAAGACAGCAUUGUCAGGAAGGAAGCCAGAAAAGUAUACAUCAAGUGGAAGAGUCACUUUGAGGAUUUACAAGACCGUCAACAGAUAGAGGUGAAAUGUGAUGCUAAAACAGAAAGACUCAGGUCCUCUGGCCAAAGACUGUUGUCCGAGUCUCUCGGAGUAAAGGAGGAUAAUACCUUACCUGAGGUUAUAGAACGAGACACAUUUCAUUACUUUAAACGCCUGGUAAACAACAACUACAGACGGACAAUACGGAACAUAGUAUUCACAUUGAAACACCAGGAGGAUGUCAGAACUCAGGUGUUGUCAGGGCAAAUGUCUGUUGAAAACCUCAUACAAAUGUGUAAAAGAUGAUUGUCAGAGUCGCCCCGAAUGUCUGUUGAAAACUUCAUAGA